CGACAACCCGAGGGGACGGGGGGCAGCGGCCCCUGGGGGGGGAAUCCACCGCCCACACCCCGGCCCCCGGUGCCGGCGGGCAGGUUGUGCCCCCACCUACGAGGUGCACAUGCAGCGGGUGCAGGCGGCCCAUGCCCGCCGGGGGCCUCCCUACAUCUCCCCCCCUGCCUACGACGCUCCCCACCGCACCCUGCAGCUCCGGCCCCCCCGGGGACCCCGCAGCCCCCCAGUGGCACCCCGGGCCCGGGGGGCUUUGCCAGGGGGCUGGAGCCACACGCUGCCCCGGGCGGCCACCGAGGCCAAGCACCGGCGGCCUCGCGGGACGCAGCCGCCCCCGGGGAGUGCCGGCACCCCCCGGCACUGCCAGACGCUGCCGCGGGCGGCGGCCGGCCGGGAGCGGAUGCUGGGGCAUGGAGAGGGCGGCGGGGGUCGGGGGCACGUCCUCAUCGAUGCCACCCGCGUGGUGGUCCGGGCGCAGUACGUGCCCCCCCCGCAGCGCCAGCAGGUCCGCUAUGCUGGGGGGUCCCCGGGGCCCACCAGCCCUCCCCGCAGCCCUCCUGCGCCCCCCGGGGCUCUCACCCCCCCGGCAGAGCCCUCGCCCCCCCGGGAGCCUUCAGGGAGCCCCCGCAGUCCGUGGCGGAGCCCGGGGGGCUGUGGGGGUCCCCGUGGGCGGCCCCCCCCGCGGCGGCCGGUGCUGUACGCCCAGGCCCUGCGGGAGGCCGUGUCCCGCAUCCGCCGCCACACCGCGCCCGACUCCGACUCGGAGGCCGAGGGGAGCGUGGGGGGGUCCCGGCGGCGGCUCUGCCGAGACCCUCGUGCCUACAGCAGCAGCAGCAGCAGCCUGGAGAGCACCGGGGCCCCCCCUGGCCCCGCCAGCCCCACCCGAGCCUGAGGGGCGGGGCUUGGUAGGGUGUGGCACCUCGAGGGCGGGGUUUGGCUGGGUGUGUCCAUCGGAGGUGUGGCUUGGCAGGGUGUGGUCCUGGGGGCGGGGCUCAGGGCUGGAGCUCCCGCGAGCUGACCCCAAUAAAGGGUCCCCAUGUGGCGCCU